AUGGCGCCAGCUCGACAUGGCCCAGCCAUCACGAUGGCCGUCCCAGCCCCCAUGGAGAUCUUCAACUUUCGCGUCUACGCCAUCUCCCUCGUAGCUUCGAUGGGAGCUUUCAUCUUUGGGUAUGAUUUGGCUUUUAUAGGGACGACGAUCACGUUGAAGCCUUUCCAGAGGGACUUUGGGUUGGUUGGUGCGUCUGAAGGGAGGGAGGAUAGCUUUGCGGCGAAUAUUGUCUCGCUUCUCCAGGCGGGCUGCUUCUUUGGGGCUUUGGCGGCUGCUCCGUUGGGUGACAAGUUGGGACGACGACCGGCGCUGAUGAUUGCUGGUGUCGUGUUCUGUAUUGGAUCACUCAUGCAGACUGUGAGCCAUGGUCUUGAGUCGGUCAUGUUUGUUGGACGGGCAAUUGGAGGGCUGGGAGUCGGUGCAGCCAGUGGACUAGUACCACUGUACGUCGCAGAGUUGGCGCCGCCCUCGAUUCGAGGCCGACUUGUUGGUCUAUACGAGAUCAGCGUCCAGACUGGAACUUGCAUCGGUUUCUGGAUCUGCUACGGAGUCAGUCAGAAUAUGCCGGCCAACGCUUCUCAAUGGAUCACUCCGUUCGCAGUGCAGCUGAUCCCUGGAGGCCUGCUCAUCAUUGGGAUGUUCUUCGUGCCCGAGUCUCCAAGAUGGCUUGCUCGUACCCAUUCUCGAGAGGUGGCCGUCGCCGGACUGGCGAAACUACGAAACCUACCCGAAGACCACCCGUAUUUGCAGGAAGAGAUCACGCACGUAGUGGACCAGAUUGAAGAGGGGAGACGCCUGGAGCCGGGACACGGCUUCAAAUCACAGUUCAAGGAGAUGUCUCGCAGGGGUCAUCGUAAUCGAAUUGCUAUUGGCGUUGUCAUGUUCAUCUUCAUGCAGAUGGCCGGAUCCAACGCAAUCAAUUACUACUCUCCCAGGAUCUUCAAAUCAAUCGGCCUGACAGGCUCCACCACCGGCCUCUACGCAACCGGAAUCUACGGCAUUGUCCGCCUUGUCGCCGUCGUCAUCGCCAUGUACUUCGUCGUCGACAAAGUCGGCCGAACAAAAAUGCUCAUCGGCGGCUCCAUCGUCAUGGGCUUCGCAAUGUGGUUCAUCGGCGCCUACGUCAAACUCGCACCCACAACCUCCUCAUCCACCCAGCACCUCAGCGCAGGAGGCUACGCUGCCGCCGUCUUCAUCUACAUCUUCGCGGUCGGCUUCUGCUUCUCCUACGCCGGAAUCCCCUGGAUCUACUGCGCCGAGAUCUUCCCUCUCCGGAUCCGGGGCAUCGGCAUGGCGAUCUGCACGGCGACGCAUUGGCUCAUGAACUUUGUCAUCGCGAGGAGUGUUCCGUAUAUGAUCAGCGAUAUCGGCUACGGGACCUAUUUCGUCUUUGCCAGUUUCAUCACGCUGUCGAUACCUUUUGUGUACUUUUUCGUGCAGGAGACGAAGGGCUUGAGUUUGGAGGAGAUGGACAUUCUGUUUGGGGUUGGUGUUGGAGGGGGAGUGGAUGGUAUGGGAGGACUGGAUGUUGAGAAGAGUGCGGUGGAUGGGGUUGUUGCGCAUAUUGAGAUGAAAUCGGAUACUUCGUAG